CAAAUCUAUUUCCGGAACCAUGAAAAUUUUGCUGGUUUUUGAUUUUGACAAUACAGUCAUAGAUGACAAUAGUGACACCUGGAUUGUACAGUGUGCUCCAGAGAAAAAGCUUCCUAUCGAGCUGCAAGAUUCUUAUCAAAAAGGAUUUUGGACAGAAUUUAUGGGCAGAGUCUUUAAAUAUUUGGGAGACAAGGGCAUAAGAGAAGAUGAGAUGAAAAGAACAGUGACAUCAAUGCCUUUCACUCCAGGAAUGGUGGAACUUUUAAACUUUAUAAGAAAGAAUAGGGAUACAUUUGAUUGUAUCAUUAUUUCAGAUUCAAAUUCAGUGUUCAUAGAUUGGGUUUUGAAAGCUGCCAGUUUUCAUGAUGUGUUUGAUAAAGUAUUUACAAACCCAGCAACUUUUGAUAACAAUGGCCAUCUUAUUGUGGAAAAUUAUCACACUCAUUCUUGUACUAGGUGCCCAAAGAAUCUUUGCAAAAAAGUGGUUUUGGUAGAAUUUGUAGAUAAUCAGCUGCAACAGGGAGUAAAUUACACACGAAUUGUUUAUGUAGGUGAUGGUGGAAAUGAUUUCUGUCCAGUAACCUUUUUAAAGAAGAAUGAUUUUGCCAUGCCACGGAAAGGAUAUACCUUGCAGAAAACUCUCUCUAGAACGUCUCAAAAUCUUGAUCCUGUGGAAUCCUCUGUGGUAGUUUGGUCUUCAGGUGUUGAAAUAAUUUCUCAUUUACAAUUUCUAAUAAAAGAAUAAUAU